UGCCCGCCCCCGCCCCGGAGCAAAUCCAGCCCUGGGGGAGCAAACAACCCAGGAAUGAGAGUUUCCUAGCAGACAGGCAUGGAGAGGGCACAGGGAAAAGGAGAUAGAGAGACUGAGAGGGUCCGUGGGAUAAAAGAGUUUCGAGAGAGAUUUCCAGCUCUCUAAUCUGCCCAGACAGAUGCAUUACUGCACUGUGGGGAGAAUCACUUUCCUGUGGACAAGACGAGGAUCAGAGAGAGGAAAACCCAGUUCCUGACCCCAUAUCCCUCCUGCUGGGGUGUGGCUGCCGUGGGGCUGCAGAACGACGCUCACGUUUCGUUCCGGUUCAUCCCGUCCUCCCAUGGGACAGGGGAGCGACAUGGCCGCAGAGGAGCCAGCUGAGGGGCCGGUGACCUUCGAGGAGGUGGCUGUGUAUUUCACCAGGGAAGAGGGGGCUCUGCUGGACCCUGCUCAGAGAGCCCUCUACAGAGACGUCAUGCAGGAGACCUAUGAGAAUGUGACCUCGCUGGGGUUUCCAGUUUCCAAAUCUGAUGUGAUCUCGCAGCUGGAACGAGGGGAGGAGCCGUGGGUCCCAGACCUUCAUGGCUCUGAGAAAAAAGUGCUCCCGAGAGCUGCCUGCACAGGCAGAGACUUACGUCUGGAUUCUCUCUGUCUCCCAUCAGAUGUUGGGAUGGUGAGUGAAAACGAGGAGGAACCCCAGCAGGAAGAUGCUGAGCGAGUAGAAGCACAUGGGAUGUUCUCAGGAAGGUCCAAAGGGAAUGAUUCUGGGAGCUGUGCACGCCCAGAAAAAACAAAAGCCUGUGAGAGUCAGCAGGGGCCAGAGGAAAACUUCAGUAGCCAGUCAGACCUUAUUACACGUGAGAGAAUGAACUUGGAAGGAACACAGUACACAUGCCUCGAGUGUGGGGAAAGCUUCAAAGGGAGCUCUGACCUUCUCACACAUCAGAGAAUCCACACAGGUGAGAAACCUUACGCGUGCAGUGUGUGUGGGAAAUGCUUCAAGCGGAGCUCACACCUCAUUGCACAUAAGAGAAUCCACAUACAUGAGAAACCUUAUGGCUGCCCUGAGUGUGGGAAACACUUCAAGCAGAGCUCACACCUUAUUACACAUUGGAAAAUCCACACGGGUGAGAAACCUUAUGGAUGCCCUGAGUGUGGGAAGCACUUCAUUCAUAGUACAUCCCUCAUCUCACAUCAGAGAAUCCACACAGAAGAGAGGCCCUACACAUGCUCUGAGUGUGGGAAAAGCUUCAAUCGGAGCUCAAACCUGAUCACACAUCAGCGAAUCCACACGGGAGACGCACCCUACACAUGCUCUGAGUGUGGGGAACGCUUCCGUUAUAGCUCAGCCCUUACCACACAUCAGAGAAUCCACACCGGUGAGAGACCCUACAUAUGCUCUGAGUGCGGGAAAAGCUUUAAUCAGAGCUCUGUAUUGACCACACAUAGAAGAAUCCAUACGGGUGAGAAACCUUAUGGAUGCUCUGAGUGUGGGAAACACUUAAAUCAAAGCUCAGCCCUUAUGACGCAUCAGCGAAUCCACACAGGAGAGAGGCCCUACACAUGCUCUGAGUGUGGGAAAAGCUUCAAUCAGAACUCAACCCUUAUUAGACAUCAGAAAAUCCACAUGGGAGUGAUCUGUAACAAAUGCCUUGACUAGGGCUGGCCAAAGGUGGUUUGUUUUUUUUUAAAUCACAUUUGCUAAUUCCCACUCAGUGAUCUGUGCCCCAUCUUCACCGUGGUUACUCAGCUCCCCCAGAUGAGUUGCCUGCUCCUGCCUUUUGCAUCUCCCCCUUCUUUGGGGUCAGUCCUGUGAUCUUUUCUAUCAACUCCUUUCCUUUUGAGUCGAAGGAGCGUGUGUCCCUCCAGCCAGGAAUGUUCAUCAGCUCCAGGUGGGGGAGAGAGGUUUGUUCCCAAUAAGCUACACUGAGGCAAAAACUAUCCGUGCCGUACAUCCACUAGGACUGCACAUGGCGUUGGCUGCUGAAGUCAGUGAUCUUGGUGUUAAAAGACAAUUACAGUUGUUGUGCAGAUGCAGCCAAGGUGCAGUGGUUGGCAUUAGCUUUCCCCGUGACCUGACCUAAACUCCAUCACUUUUUCUAGUCUAAACAAACCCUGAGCAUCAUGGUUAUAAUGUCCCUCCAUUUCAUUUGCCUCCCAGAGCAGUUGUGGCCCCUGCCCUGCAGGAGGUUGCUCCUGAAGAUCUCCCCUUCCUAAUCAGGUGCAUGUUGCCUAUUUGGGAAAUGCAGUCCCUUUCUAGGUAGAGAUGGGAGAAAUGGAAGUGACACUUCUGUUCAGCUCACUCCUGGGAGAUGCUGUAAAUGUGUAGGAAAUGAAAUCCAUGAUGAAUGUGAUGGAGCUGCAGAAAGACACCUAUUUUGAGUAGAUACCUGACAUUUGGUGUCUUACAGGGUUUCUAAGCCGCACCUGAAUUUAGUCCCUUAUUUAAAUCUGCGCCACCAGAUUAAAGAAACAAAAGGGAAUAUUUGGGGGAGUUAUACCUCACUAUCGCUACUGGUCUGUUGUGUGGUUGGUGAAGAAUUCUACACCAGAGAAGUGUAAAAUUGCUACAACUCAGGUUAAAGAUUUGACAAGAACUCAGGUAGAAAUGACAGGUACGAGUGGUUGAUUUUCACCCCAGAGGUGGACGCUCUGGUGACCUGUGGCCGGGGUAAACUGUUUUUAGAAUGCUGCUCCCUAGUGAAGUGCAUUGCUCACACUUCUAAAGGAUGCCAUGAUGAAACUGGGAACAACUGUCUUUUACCAUUUGGAUCCAAAGUUUCCUGAAGCACAGAGAGAAACAGCUGAUUCCUUCAGAGCCAUCCCAUGCCUAUGGGUCCCAAAUUGGCUGCCUUGCUGGACAAGAAGCACUUCCGUGUUGGUUAAAUGAUGGUAGCCAAGGAGGGAUUCCAAGUUCAGACUGCAGGAUACAUGAAUGCUGAGUCCAGAGUCUGUGGUUUGGUCUCUUAGUUUUGCUCUUGAGUCUAAUGCUUUUGUCUCACCUCUCCGCCUCCUGCUACUCUGAAAGAUUAGAAAGUGUGAAAGUAGAGCACAGGUGGUUUUUCUCAUGAUGCAGCCUUCCCACGUAGUGUGAGACCCCUUCCACCCACACUUCUGGGAGAAGACCCAGGGAGAAAUGAACUCUCAGAAAUGGAAGGCUCCUAGGUUAUGGUAGAAUGUGACUUCACACAGAGCUCACUGGGUGAAAAUGGGAAUUAAGAGAAAACUGCCCUAAAGGUUUAUAGUUUGUAAUCUUUGAAUAAACUGUUACCAGCAACAA